AUGGAGAAGAAGAAGAAUGACGAAGUCGCCCGAGCAAGUGAGGAGAGCGCUGCCGAGAUCAAGUCCACGUACGCAGGGAAACGGUUUUGUCUCUGGUCCACUAUGGUCCUCCUGUGGUUCUCCAGACUCGUCCUAAUCAUCCUGGCCUGCAUCCCUCGAGCAUCUCUGGGAUGCCCCUCCGGCUGUCGCUGCUACAGCCUCACAGUGGAGUGCGGAUCUCUUGGGCUCAAAGAAAUCCCACAGGGUGUCUCCUCUGUCACCGAGACCAUCUUCCUCCAGGACAACACUAUAGUGCAGAUCCGUCUUCAGGACCUGACUCGGCUGGGCAGCCUCCAUUACCUCUACCUUCAGAAUAAUAGCAUCUCAGCUCUGGAGCCUGGGGCAUUUCUCAGCCAGGGCCAGCUGCUGGAGCUGGCCCUCAAUGGCAAUCUCAUUCACCUGGUCACUCCAGACAUGUUUCGCGGUCUGGAGCACCUGCGGAUCCUGUACCUCGCUGGGAACCAGAUCACUCGAGUGCAGGACUACACUUUUAGGGGACUGCAGCGUCUGCAGGAACUCCAUCUCCAGGAGAACAGCAUAGAGCUGCUGGCGGAGCAGGCUCUGUCUGGCUUGUCAUCUCUGGCCCUGCUGGACCUCAGCAGAAAUCACCUCCGCACACUGGGAGCGUCAUCCCUCAAACCGCUCGUCAGCCUGCAGGUGCUCCGUGUCACAGAGAACCCAUGGCGCUGUGAUUGUGCUCUGGGCUGGCUGAGAACCUGGAUCAGAGAAGACGGACAGCGUCUGUUGAGCUCUGCCGAACAGCGUCGGCUGAUGUGCUCUGAACCACCUCGCCUCUCCCACCUCAGCCUGGUGGAGGUUGCUCCCAACAGCCUGGUCUGCAUCCCCCCUGUGGUGCAGCUCGAGCCCAGCCACCUGACUGUGCGACUGGGGGAGAGCCUCCGUGUCUCCUGCCAGGCCUCAGGAUACCCUCAGCCUCAGGUGACCUGGAAAAAAGCCUCCCAUGGCAAGCCCCAGUUAUCACCUCGAGGCCUGGUUCAAGAGCUGGGACCCAGUGGUGAGCUCUUCAGACCUGGGGCUGGAGGAGUGGUGACGGCCCUGCCAAGCAGUGGAGGGAUCAAGGCUGGAGGUGGUGGAGGAAUCCAGGGGCUUGUGCGCGGGGCUGAGGAGGGUGGCGAGAGGGACAGCUUUGAUCCAGACACGGGCAGCGGCAUGCUGUUCCUCAGCAAUGUGACUGUAGCGCAUGCCGGGCGCUAUGAGUGUGAAGCCUGGAAUCCCGGUGGUGUAGCUAGAGUUACCUUCCAUCUGGCUGUCAACAUGUCCUCUUCGUCAUAUUCAUCUCACUUCUGGCCUCGUUUGAACACACAGUCCUUCGUUUCCUCUUCAUCUAACUCCUUCUAUCAGCCAGAGGUUCUGGAUGUCAGCCAGGAGCCGCUCUAUGAACAGGACAGCAUGGACUUCAGUGCUCUGGGCCCUGCUACGCAGACCGCCAUCGCUGUUGGCAUCUCCUUGCUGGCGCUCACCGCCAUUCUCCUCUUGAUUAUGAUCUACACUCGUCACCAGCAGUACCGCAAAGAAGAAGGUGGCUCCUACUGUACCAGCAAGGAAGAGAGUAUCCUCUACGUGAACGACUACUCUGAUGGACCCACCACCUUUGCGCAGCUGGAGGAGUACCGCGACGACCACGGACACGAGAUGUACGUACUCAACAGGACCAAGCCUGUCCUGGGCUCCACUUCAUCCAGGUGUCCCAUGAUGAGCGGGUUUGUCCAGCAGAAAGGUAUGAAGGAGGCUCUCCUGGACCACGAAAUGGUGCAGACACUGACCAGAUCAGGAAUGGGGCUUCGCAGAAACCCUGCAGACGGAGGAGAGGGACCCCUAACAACAGACCCAGAGGAGCUCUUCCUCAGUCAGAGUCUUCUCUUUGGAUCACAGGUUGCCUACGAGAUCCACUGCUAAAGGGUUUUUAACUGUGUUUUAACAUGAAACAAGACGUUGAUGGACUUAAUUAAAGACA